UUUGAGACGCGAGGGGGCGAGGCUGAUCGGAGGCGGCGCCUAAAGCACAGCCAGAACGAGGCUCUGCGUGCCUUGUUUUCGUGGCUUCGCGUCUGGCCAUGCCGAACCGUAAGGGCUCCCGCAACGCCUACUACUUCUUCGCGCUACACCGCCUGCCCGAGCUGCGGCGGCGCGGCCUGCCCGUCGCGCGCGUGGCUGACGCCAUCCCCUACUGCUCCCAGGAUUGGGCGCUGCUGACUGAAGAUGAAAAGGAGAAAUAUGCGGAAAUGGCUCGUCAGUGGAAAUCGGCAAAAUCCACUGAUGCAUCAGUAAAACAGCUGUCCAGUCAGACUUCUCCGAUUCCUGCACACCUGCCCAUCCGAAUACAGAAAAGCCCAACUCUUCCAAAUGCCACUAAUCUUCCGGGGAGGAAUGAUCAAGCUGUGCUUGGGAACAGUUUUUAUUUCCUGAACAUUCUCAGCCAUGGAGAACUGCCCUCUCACUGUGAGCAGCGCUUCCUCCCUUGUGAGAUUGGUUGCGUCAGAUACUCGCUGCAGGAUGGUAUAAUUGCUGACUUCCAUUGCUUCGUAGAGUCUGAAGAGGUACCAUGUGGCUUUCGGUAUCACUGCCAGGCUGCAAGUGAUGCCACUCAUAAAAUUCCUGUUUCUGGCUUUGAACUCUCAAAUGCUGCUUAUCCUCUUGUAUUGCAUGAACUCUACAAAUUUGUCCAGCCAAACAGGGGUAGCUGGCCACCAGUGUUUUGUAAGUCUAAUGAUUGGCACAGAGUUAACUGGUGUCUGAAGCACAUGGCUAAGAAAAUAGGCAUUGAGAACAAGUUUGAGCUCCGGAAUGUGGAAGAUCUGGUAGUGGAAUUGUACCAGCAGAAACUUCAAAAGGAGCCCUCGAAGACCUGGGUUCGCAGCCAACUGGAUGUCUCCAUUUGGGAUUACUCCAGUAACACCAGGUGCAAGUGGCAUGAGGAAAAUGAUAUCCUAAUCUGUGCUUUAGCAUCCUGCAAGAAAAUUACCUAUUGUAUUAGUAGUUCUCUGGCCAGUGUGUAUGGAAUCUCACUGACCGAAGCUCACCUACCUCUGCAAGACUGUAUAUCUAGCAAUAACCCAAGUCCAAAGGUGGCAAUACUGGAUGCUGGACGUUUCCAGAAACUGAGGGCUCAAGAUCCUUGGUCUACCAGAUAUUUUACUUCUCCAGUUCAGGAUCAAGGAUCUUUCUCUUCUGGUGACUCCCCCUCUGGAGUGAAGAUGCCAUGUGGAAAAAGCACUGUGAAAGGAAGAGGAGUUGUUCGCUUUCUGGAAAACUUCUCCAAUGUACCCAAGUCUUCCAGCAGCUGAAAGCCCACCCUACUUCCUAACCUCAUUCAGGAUAGCUCCGUGUUCUGUUGUCGUCUUGCUAGAAUAGUAGUGUGGGAUAGUGCUUGAGAGAAGUUGCUUUGUUAAUUCUUAUGUGAAAUCCUAACAUCUCAACCUCUUGUUUUCUUGACUAAAGGCAUCACUUCAGCUUUAGUUUCAUUGUCAGUAGAAGCACAGAUACAGAAAGUGGUGGUGGUAAUAAUAGUCAGUGGCUAUGUGUGUUUAGAUUUUUCUGAUGGUUUAAUAUAGUAGCAAACAAGUUGGUUGAAUAGCUUUUAUUUAUACAUUUACCUCUGUUCUUCCUUUCAUUAUUGUGUCCUAUCCUGUCCAUCCAUCCAUUUUCUUCUACAGACACUCCCUCUGUUCUUGAACAUUAAGAUUAGAAAAUCAAUCAGCAACUACUGACUGAAAGACAGUCCUGUCUCCAUAAAGUCAAAAUAAUUCCCAGUGGAUGGGUAAAGGGCAAUGUGGGAAGUAUUCCUGAGGGAAUGCUGCUAUAAAUUCAGGCUGUCCCUUGCCCACAG